AUGGAGGCCAAGGCGCGCCAGAGCCGGCGCUCGCGCGCGCAGCGGGACCGCGGCCGGCGCCGGGAGGCGGCCCGCGACGCCCGCGACCGGAGCGCGUCGUCGGGCGACGAGGCCGAGCCCGGGCCCGGCAAGGAGAACGCGGGGCUGCCCCGCGCGCCCGCGCCCCGCGCCGCCGCCGCGCGCCCCCCGCGCCGCCGCCGCCGCGAGUCCAGCUCGCAGGAGGAGGAGGUCAUCGACGGCUUCGCCAUCGCCAGCUUCAGCACGCUGGAGGCCCUGGAGAAGGACAUGGCCCUGCAGCCCCACGAGCGCAAGGAGAAGCGGGAGCGUCGCCUGGUCAAGAAGCCCCGCGAGUCGGAGGGCUGCCCGGCGGCGGGAGCCGCGGCGGGGCCCAGCGAGAACGGGUGGCCCCCGGAGGUGGGCGGCUCUGCGCGGGACCCGGAGCCCGCCUGCGAGCGGGGCCCGAAGAAGUCGCCCCUGCAGCCCGCCCAGCAGAUGAAGGUCUCCGUGUCCAGAGGGGGCGGCCGCCACAGUGACGACGACAGCGUCCACGAGGCUACCAGCUCCCAGCGCAGCAGCUCCCGGGACCGACUCAGCGACAGCUCAGCGCAGGCCCUCUCAGGCAGAGGCUACUCGUGCGACAGUGAGAGCGGCGGGGACGACGAGGCGUCCGUGGGCUCCGAGCGGCUCUUCGUCCCAGGCUCACCCCACCCUGUCUCCGCAGGCCCCACGCCGCGGGACAAGCUCGAGGCCAAGGCUGGGGCAGCACCCAAAGUCUCGGGCCUGGAGCGCAGCCGCGAGCUGAGCACCGGGCCGCCCUUCCCGCCCUCGGCGCGCAGCCCAGCGCCCCCCGCCAGCCCCCUGGUCAAGAAGGAGGCCCCCACCCCGGCGCGCCGCGCCCCGCUCCCGACGCACGUGCCUCUCCCCGCGGGCGCCCCCCGGGGCCCCGGCCCCGGCCCGGCGGCGCACCCGGGUCUGCACAGCCUCAGGAGCAGCAGCGCCAGUGGCGGCGCCGGCCUGGGGCUCGCCAAGGCCGCGUCCCUGGCGCCGUCCGGGCCGCGCCCGCACCUCUCUACCUCACACUCGGCGCUCCGCUCGCAGGCCCAGCACCAGCACCCCGCGGCGGCCAUGUUCGCCGCGCCCCCGACGCUGCCCGCGCUGCCGGCCGGCGGCCUGGUGCUCCCAGGACCCCCCGCGGACCGCGAGCUGCUCAGGCAGGAGCUGGACGCGCGCUUCCUGGUCCAGAGCGCGGGGCGGCCGGGCGCGGGGGCGCUGCUGCGCGCCGAGUUCCACCAGCACCAGCACACGCACCAGCACACGCACCAGCACCAGCACCAGCACACCUUCGCGCCCUUGCCGGCGGGGCUGCCCGCCGCGCCCCUGCCGUUUGGCAAGUUCACACCCAAGCUGGACAGCCCCUACUUCCGACAUUCCAGCGUGAGUUUCUUCCCGCCCUUCCCUCCGGCCCUCCCAGCACUGCCCGCCCUGCUCCCACACCCAGGCCCCUUUGGGUCCCUGCAGGGCGCUUUCCAGCCCAAGACCUCAAGCCCGAUCGAGCUGACAGGCCGGGCUAGCACUGUCCACACGCUGCUCCCGAAAGGCCCCGCGGUGCCUGACACAUACAGGACGGCAGCCAUCAGGAAGCCGGGCCGGUGGUGUGCCAUGCACGUGCAGAUCGCCUGGCAGACCUUCCGCCACCAGCAGAAGAUGAAGCAGAUGCAGCUGGACCCACACAAGCUGGAGAUGGGCGGCAAGCUGGACCUGUUCAGCAGGCCCCCUGCCCCCAGUGUGGUCACUGGCUUCCACUACCCGCAGGACUUGGCCAGGCCUCUUUUCUCCAGCUCCGGUGCCACCCACCCUGCCGUCACCACGUUUGGGCCUUCCGUCCAUCCCAGCAGCUUUCUGCCCGCCGUCCGCCUGGCAGACCCUUUUGGCAGAUCCAGCACUUUUGGAGGCCUGGGGAGCCUGGGCAGCAACGCCUUCGGGGGCCUGGGCAGCCCGGCACUAGCUCCAGGUGGCAGCCUCUUCGCCCCCAAGGAGAGCUCCGGGCUGCCCGGCCUGCCCAGCCCCCACGAGGCCUGGGACCGGCCCCGGGCACCGCCCUCCUUCCCCACACCACCCCUGUGGCCCAAGCCCGUGGAUGCCGAGCGGGCCUCAGCCUUGACCAGCCCUGACCAGGAGCCCGACAAGUGCAGGGAGGAGCGUGAGCGGGACCUCCUGGAGAAGACUCUGCGGCUGAGUCGGGCCUCCCCGGCGGGCCACCCCAUCUGCAGCCUUCUGUUUCGAGGCCAAGGCGAGCCUGCUCCGCCCGGGGUGCCCGGCGAGCGCGAGGCGGGCGCCCGCGCCAAGGAGAGCCGCUCUCCGGCCCGGGGUGCGCCCUCGCCCUCGGGCCUGCGCCUGGCCGGCCUCCUGGCCGAGCGGAGCGACGCGAGGGUCAAGGAGGAGCGCCGGGAGGGCGGCGACGCGCCCGAGCCCCCGGGGGGCGGCCUGUCCCCGGCGCUCGGCCUAGGCCCCGCGGGCCGCGAGCGCCCGGCCUGGGAGCCGCCGCGCGACCCGUUCCGCGGCCCGGAGCCCCGCGAGCGCGCCUACCGCGAGCGCGAGCCCCUGGCCCGGAGCCCCGAGCGCCGGCGGGACGCGCGCCCGGACGGCGGGGCGCCCAUGCCCAGGACGUCGCCGCUCGGGGCCGGGCCCGGCGAGGCGCGCGACUACCCGGCGCUGGGCGCCCCCGAGGUGGAGGCGCGGUAG